AAUUGACUGAGCAUUACCCUGGUUCUCUAGAUAUGGCAUGGAGUAAAUUAAUGGCAAGAUUUAAAGACAGAAAGUACGGUGCUUUGGUCACAGUGGUGAACAAACUGGGUGAAAAAACUGACUAAAACAGGAUCCUGAUCAGCUGUCAUGAGAACCAACCUGCAGGAUGAAGCCUCCUAGAGGAUGAAGUGGACAGCAAGUAGCUGACCAUCCUGUCCUGGACAACACAUAGAGUUGGGAGUGAAGUUGGUACUUUGGAUCCCUGGUUGGAGGAGAAAGUGAAGAUGGAAUAUGUCAAGAUCUCAUCGAGGACACUGGGAACAUGCCUUACUCGGUUCUUACUAAUUAGAUCUAGCCUCCGGAGCAGUUGGGAUUACAGGCAUGUGCCACCGUGUCUGGCUGGGUUGUGAAUUUUUAUGGAGGACAAGAGAGAACCUAGUGACAGAGAAGUAAGACCCGCAUGGAUAACACAUGGAAGAAGAGGGAAAUGAAAACAUGGGGGAAACCAGAAAAGACGUUUGGAUGAGGGCGACUACCUGACACCCACAAAGAUGGACCCUAAACAUUUGAAAUACACUGUGGAGAAAUGCUUCUGCCUCUUGCCAAAAUGAACACCGAAGAAAAAUGAAGAAGACUGAAGAUUUGCAACGAAAAGUCACAGAACAGAAAUAGCUGCACACAUCUGUAGUCUUUAAUCCAUCUACAGCCAUCGUAAAAAAGGUUGUUGCAUCAUGUUUGGAAAGAAAAAGAAAAAGAUUGAAAUAUCUGGCCCAUCCAACUUUGAACACAGGGUUCAUACUGGGUUUGAUCCACAAGAGCAGAAAUUUACUGGCCUUCCCCAGCAGUGGCACAGCCUGUUAGCAGACACGGCCAACAGGCCGAAGCCCAUGGUGGACCCUUCAUGCAUUACACCCAUACAACUGGCUCCUAUGAAGACAAUCGUUAGAGGAAACAAACCCUGCAAGGAAACCUCCAUCAAUGGCCUGCUGGAGGAUUUCGACCACAUCUCCGUGACUCGCUCCAACUCCCUAAGGAAAGAAAGUCCACCUACCCCGGAUCAAGGAGCCACCAGCCAUGGUCAAGGCCACUCUGAAGAAAAUGGCUUCAUCACCUUCUCACAGUAUUCCAGUGAAUCUGACACCACUGCAGACUACUCAACCGAAAAGUACAGGGAAAAGAGUCUCUACGGAGACGACGCGGAUCCAUUCUACAAAGGCAGCCAUGCAGUCAAGCAAAACGGGCAUGUCAUGAAGAUGAAGCAUGGGGAGGCCUACUAUUCUGAGACGAAGCCUUUGAAAACUGAUAUCGUCAGAUUUCCCGUCGAUUAUCACACACACUUGGACUCACUGAGCAAACCAAGUGAUUACAGUGACUUCAAAUGGGACUAUCAGCGGGCCUCCAGCAGCUCCCCGCUGGAUUACCCAUUCCAAUUCACGCCUUCUAGAACUGCAGGGACCAGCGGGUGCUCCAAGGAGAGUCUGGUGUACAGUGAAAGUGACUGGGGUCCCAGCCUGGACGACUAUGAGAGGAGGCCAAAGUCCUCAUACCUGAAUCAGAGGAGCCCUCAGCCGGCCAUGCGGCAGAGGUCCAGGUCAGGCUCAGGGCUCCAGGAACCCAUGAUGCCAUUCGGAGCAAGUGCAUUUAAAACCCAUCCCCAGGGACACUCGUACAGCUCCUACACCUACCCUCGCUUGUCGGAGCCCACAAUGUGCAUUCCAAAGGUGGAUUAUGAUCGAGCACAGAUGGUCCUCAGUCCUCCACUGUCAGGGUCUGACACCUACCCCAGGGGUCCUGCCAAACUACCUCAAAGUCAAAGCAAAGCAGGCUAUUCCUCAAGCAGCCACCAGUACCCUUCUGGGUACCACAAAGCCACCUUGUACCAUCACCCUUCCCUGCAGACCAGUUCGCAGUACAUCUCCACAGCUUCUUACCUGAGCUCUCUCAGCAUUUCAUCCAGCACCUACCCGCCACCCAGCUGGGGUUCCUCCUCAGACCAGCAGCCCUCCAGGGUGUCCCACGAACAGUUCCGGGCUGCUCUGCAGCUGGUAGUUAGCCCAGGAGACCCUAGAGAAUACUUGGAUAACUUUCUCAAAAUCGGAGAAGGGUCAACGGGCAUCGUAUGCAUUGCAAGCGAGAAACACACUGGGAAGCAAGUGGCAGUGAAGAAAAUGGACCUUCGAAAGCAACAGAGACGAGAACUGCUUUUUAAUGAGGUUGUGAUAAUGCGGGAUUACCACCAUGAAAACGUGGUGGACAUGUACAACAGCUACCUUGUUGGAGAUGAGCUCUGGGUGGUCAUGGAGUUUCUAGAAGGUGGUGCCUUGACAGACAUCGUUACUCAUACCAGAAUGAAUGAAGAACAGAUAGCUACUGUCUGUCUGUCAGUGCUGAGAGCUCUCUCCUACCUGCACAACCAAGGAGUGAUUCACAGGGACAUAAAGAGUGACUCCAUCCUCCUGACAAGUGAUGGCAGGAUAAAAUUAUCUGACUUUGGUUUUUGUGCUCAAGUUUCCAAAGAGGUGCCAAAGAGGAAAUCCCUUGUGGGAACCCCUUACUGGAUGGCACCUGAAGUAAUUUCUAGGCUACCCUAUGGGACAGAGGUGGAUAUCUGGUCCCUUGGGAUCAUGGUGAUAGAGAUGAUUGAUGGUGAGCCCCCCUACUUCAAUGAGCCUCCUCUCCAGGCGAUGAGGAGGAUCCGGGACAGUUUACCUCCAAGAGUGAAGGACCUACACAAGGUCUCUGCAAUGCUCCGGGGAUUCCUAGACCUCAUGUUGGUGAGGGAGCCCUCUCAAAGAGCCACGGCCCAGGAACUCCUUGGACAUCCUUUCUUAAAAUUGGCAGGUCCGCCAUCUUGCAUCGUUCCCCUCAUGAGACAAUAUAGACAUCACUAAACAGAGAAUUCAUACACAUGACAAAGCUAAGCAAGGAUGUGAGAUUAAUUCAGGAGAACGUAAGGAAAACCACAGAACAUACAAAAGGCCUGUGCAUUCUAGACCAGCUGAUUGGUGGGACAGUGCGAUGACCGGCAGGGUUCGACAGACCAGGGCAUCUUCUUGUGUCUUAAAUAGGCAUCUCUCCACUGACAGCUGGUGUGGUCAUUU